AAAAAAAAAAAGGAAAAAUCCUCUUUAUCGCCCCUUCUUUCUCUCCUCUGUUUCUCUAUCUACUAUUCUCUCAACAGCGAAAAUGGUGUCGACGAUUCCCCUAACGGGUCAGAUGUCAAAUCCACAUGGACUCGGAAUCACUGAGUGGGAAAGACGAACCUCAUCUUCUUCACUAUCACUAUGUAAUAUAAAUUCAACUGCGAACAUAGUUGGCAAGCAGAUUCCGUGGUAUGGUUGUAGGAAAUUGAGGCAUAAUCGUAGAUCUCUUUGUGUAUAUGGUCUAUUUGGAGGGAAGAAGGAAAAUAAUGAGAAGGCUGAUGAUGCCUCUUCAAAGGCAGGGAUUUUCGGAAACAUGCAAAACCUAUAUGAAACUGUGAAGAAGGCACAAAUGGUUGUCCAAGUGGAGGCUGUUAAAGUACAAAAAGAACUUGCCGUAGCAGAAUUUGAUGGUUUCUGCGAAGGCGAGCUAAUAAAGGUUACACUAUCUGGGAACCAACAACCUGUACGCACAGAGAUCACUGAAGCUGCAAUGGAAUUAGGACCAGAAAAACUCUCUCUUUUGAUUACUGAGGCAUACAAGGAUGCCCACCAAAAAAGUGUUCAGGCUAUGAAAGAAAGAAUGAGUGAUCUUGCCCAGAGUCUAGGAAUGCCUCCAGGUCUCAAUGAUUCACUACAGUAAUCAUGCUUAUUUUAUUUUAUUUUAUUUUUUUCAUGUACUUGUCUGAGAUGAACAUCAAUUUUGUAUGUGUACCAGGCUCCAGGCAAAAAUGCUCCCUUGUAGGAUUCAUUUAAUUUUACAGUUUAAAUGGAAGUUGUUGUGUUUGAAUCAA